CACAGCAAAAGAAUUGAGUGAAAACUCAACAGAAGAAGAAACCAAUCAUUGAUUUCAACUCUCAAACCAUCAUACUAUAAGCCCUUACAUAAUGGAAGGCAAGAAACCUUAUUUAGCUGUUGUGAUCAUACACAUAUUGUACACUGGCAUGUUCUUGCUUUCCAAGGCCGCAUUAGAUGGUGGUAUGAGUACAUAUGUGUUCGUCUUCUACAGACAAGCUACUGCAACAAUCUUCUUAGCUCCCAUAGCUUUCUUCCUCGAAUGGAAAACUGCACCACCACUAUCUUUUGGGACAUUUAUCAAGAUUUUUAUGCUUUCCCUAUUUGGGAUCACAAUGAGCUUGGAUGUCAAUACUCUGGCUCUUAAGUACACAUCUGCAUCACUGGCUGCUGCAACUACGAAUACACUUCCAGUUAUUACUUUUUUCCUCGCACUUCUAUGCAGAAUGGAAAGUGUAAAGCUGAAGACUAUUCCUGGAAUUGUUAAAGUUGCUGGAAUAGCAAUUUGCUUAGGAGGAGCAGCAACCAUUGCCUUCUUUAAGGGCCCUUACUUGAGAUUAUUGGUCCACCACCACUUAUUCAAUAGCCACAGCCAGGAAAACCAGGGACAAGUCCCUUCUAGCACCACCUGGAUAAAGGGCGUAUUUCUGAUGGUUCUUUCCAAUGUAUUUUGGAGCAUGUGGCUUGUAUUUCAGGGCCUAAUUCUGAAAAGCUACCCUUCAAAGCUUCUCUGCACAGCCCUUCAAUGCUUCCUCAGCACCAUUCAGUCAUUCAUUAUCGCUAUCGCUUUGGUAAGAGAUCCAAAUGAAUGGAAGCUUGGAUGGAAUGUCAGACUGAUAUCCGUUGCAUACUGUGGAAUUGUGGUUACUGGGGUAACCUUUUACUUGCAAGCUUGGGUCAUUGAGAAGAAAGGGCCAGUAUUUCUGGCCGUUACAACUCCACUGGUGCUGGUAUUUACAAUUUGUUCCUCAGCAGUCCUCUUGGGGGAGAUUAUCAGCUUAGGAAGUGUUCUUGGAGGAUUAUUGCUGGUUCUUGGGCUUUACUGCGUGUUAUGGGGAAAGACUAAGGAGCAAAGGAAGGAAAAUGAGAAUUGGGCUUCAGAUUCCACACAAAAACCAUAUACUACAGCAAAGGAUGAAAGGCCACAGGGAACCACUCCCAAUCAAUUGUAUGCUGAGAAUCCUUGCUCCUGGGUUUGAUUGCAGUUUGCAAGGCCAAUCAUAGUACGAAUUGGUUACGGCUGAGAAGACAAGUCAACUUACUCCAGAGCAAGUUCUUGCCAAAGAAAUAUAAAAAUUUUUCCAGAGGAUAUUCUUGCUUUAUAGGAGAUUAAUUAUUUGUAUACCUCGAACAAUUAUUUUCAAGGGUUAGUAGCCUGG